AUGUCAAAUCUGCGUCGCAGCUACAAGGCAUCGACAUCUAUUCAGGACGCAACCGCUUUUCUACUUAUAAUAGAUCAGCGUUUUAUACUCAUCGGAUUGCAGACAUCAAAAAAUCUUUAUAGGCCUAAUUUCUGAGCCAGCAAUUGACGUCAGAUCAACCUCCAUGAAUGACGUUGAUAAGACAUAAAACGUAAAAAUGUUUGGUCUGAAGCUUUAGCUUGUAACGUGCAUGCCUUUUUGGUUUUUUAAACAAUUCAUAAUUAUCGCUUUUUUUACAAUGCUUUUUUUCUUUACAAUGUUACAGAGAUGUCAUAACAUGGAUGUCUAUGGACAUGUAUGGAUUUUCAUUGCUUCUUCCAUCUUCGGCAUUGCUUUUGUUGAAGUUUAAAAAUCCUGUGAAUAUUUUACAGUAUUUUACUUUUUCGAAAACACUUUAAAAUAACUUGUUCAGGAUAUGACAAGGUCAGACUUUUUUUUUUUGCUCUCGCAGAAGUCAAUGGCUGAUCAUCAAGGCACCUGUCCAAUCUGACUGAGUCAAUCAUUUGUUGAACGUCCAGGGGUCAGAAAGAUAAAAGUCCUGUCAUGUAUUUCUUCCACCGGUGAACUCAGCCAGGUGAUUUCUCUAAUUAGUUCUACCUCCUGGUUGAAGGGCUGAGCUAAUGAGCAGAUCCAGGUGACUGGAACAAAAUGACAGGGAGGACUUUUUCUUUCUGAACCUGGAUUUUUCACACCCCUGGAUUCAAUUACUGAUUUGACUGACUGACCAACGAUGCAGGCCAUCUGUGAUUUACAGUACAGGGUGGGAAAUAGCGUUGGCGGACCACCGAAAGGGUGAGUUAACUCUGCUGUCGCCCAGUGAGUAUCAGCUGCACUGGCAGGAAGACUCUGCUGAGGUGUUAAAGCGGAAGUGUGUAAAUAUCUCACAGGGCGAACACGGAGGAAGUAGGCCUGGAAUGAGACGACAGACCGCUGGCCGCCCCAUUAAUUUCCUGUCCUGGAGGAUUUCAGUCAAUGGGAUCAAGUCCCCUGCAAAAAUAGUCGUAAAUUGUGCUCUGAAAAAAUGUUAUUUUGGUUUUCAGGAAGAGGUAAAUGUUUGAAUGAACGUCACUUCAAAAGCUGUUAGGUGGAAAUCUCAGACAUACACCGGAUUAGCUGGCCUUGGUGAUGUUGGGUCCAGUGUACUGAACCAAAUGCUUUAGCUGUUCUCAUUUUGACUUGACAGCGACUUCAGUGGCUCUCCAAUACAAUUCAGUCAUACACUAGAAUGGAGUUUUGAGAUGACUAUGCUGGAGUCCUUUGUAAGAAACCUUCUGUGUAUGUCAUUAUUACAAAUAUAUUAAAAAGUUAGCUGUUAAUACACUUUUGUUAUGCAUGCUCAUUCCAUGAGUUACACUACACUAUGCGCAAAAUACAAUCUGAUGUAUGUAAUAGUUAUAUAUUUGCAAAACAAGGGGUAACCUCCAAAUCUGAAGGCAGUUCCUAUGAUUCAUGAAAGUGUGAAGAUUCACUGUGUUCUUUUAACUAGAAACCAAUAAUGAAACUGCAGCAGGGAAGCGUAUUGGUAGGUGUAUAGGUAAGUGACAGAGUGAAAUACUUUACCAGUUUGUUUCAAGAGUGAAAUUUAAUCUGCAGAGCAUGUGUAGCCAAAAGCAGCCUCACCUGGAUCAUGGACUCUGCAACACUGAGUGAGAGCCCCUCAACCCCCUUAAGACUUCUGGUCAGUUAGGAACAGGGUCCGUUUGUAGAACUGUAACCCGGCUAUGUAGGAGUUCUGACAAACAGACAAAGUGGGUGGGAUUUCGCAAGUUCUUUUUUUAAGCGGCAAUAUCCGGUGUUGAUCCUCCUCCAGGUCAAUAUCAUUCACAUCACAUGCCCCAGCUUUGUGACAAUGUGGGAGGGUGUGUGGGAACACAGAACACCCCUUUAAGUCCUCCUACCUGAGUACAUCUCCGAGGAACACAGGAGCAUAUCUCCCAGUCUAAAAAAGCUUCAUGGUGCUUUCUUAUUAUAUCCAUCCACUUUCACUCGGCCAUUCAUUUAUGUCAUUAUGUCGUGGUUUCAUUAUUAAUGUUUCUAUUGAGAUUUAAUUACAAAGCAACUUAAACAGUGACAUUAUUCCUCUGAACAGAGAAAGAGAAAAACUCCUGUAAAGAAAGAACACUUGGUAGAUCAGGUUGUCUUACAAUGGAGGGUGUGGUGAAAUCCUCCAGCUCUAAUUCCAUCAACAACGAGGCCCAGUGGUCAUAACAUUUACCUGUGAGCUGUCCUAAAGCCAUGUAAGCUCAUCUGUCAGCGUUCUGACUGACAGGCGGUUGGAUGAAUGGCGCGCGCCGAGCUUCUGUGCCGUGGCUCAGUCUGGGCAUCUGGUUUCUCCGCGGUGUGCGUGCUAUGCGAUAGCCUCGGUCCUGUUCCAGGGUUUAGAAUGAACGCGAGUGCCGCGUGCCUUGCGCGAACACUAAAACGGUUUUCUAGCGUUUUCUUUCCGAUUCAACUCGCGUUGGUCGUUAUGGAAAUCGAAGGAGACUGAUUGUGAAUUAUUUUCCCCCUUUGUCUCUCGGAUAAUUCAUUUUUUCUUGCAAGUAUGAAGGCAGUGGUUUUUAUUAUAGGUUUGAGCAUGCUCCUGAAAGUUUCCCGCUCAGCUCAGGGGAGGUACGCUCAGAAGCUGCUGAACGACCUGAUGGAGAACUACUCCAGUGCCCUGCGGCCCGUGGAGGACACCGACAAGGCGCUCAACGUCACCCUGCAGAUAACCCUCUCCCAGAUCAAGGACAUGGACGAGAGGAACCAGGUGCUGACGUCAUACCUGUGGAUCAGGCAGGUCUGGCACGACGCCUACCUGAAGUGGGACAGGGAGGCGUACGACGGGCUGGAGGUCAUCCGUAUUCCCAGCGACCUGGUCUGGAGGCCGGACAUCGUCCUCUAUAACAAGGCCGAUGAUGAGUCCUCAGGACCGGCUGACACCAACGUGGUCCUGCGCUACAACGGCGAGAUCACCUGGGACUCCCCCGCCAUCACCAAGAGCUCCUGCGUGGUGGACGUGUCCUACUUCCCCUUCGACGACCAGCAGUGCAACCUCACCUUCGGCUCCUGGACCUACAACGGCAACCAGGUGGACAUCGCCAUGGGGAUGGACAGCGGGGACCUGUCGGACUUCGUGGAGAACGUGGAGUGGGAGUGCCACGGGAUGCCCGCCGCCAAGAACGUCAUCAUGUACGGCUGCUGCUCGGACCCGUACCCGGACAUCACCUACACCCUGCUCCUCAAGCGCCGCUCCUCCUUCUACAUCUUCAACCUGCUGCUGCCCUGCGUGAUGAUCUCCUUCCUGGCCCCGCUGAGCUUCUACCUGCCGGCCGACUCCGGGGAGAAGGUGUCCCUGGGCGUGACGGUGCUGCUGGCCCUCACCGUCUUCCAGCUCAUGGUGGCUGAGAGCAUGCCUCCCUCAGAGAGUGUGCCCCUCAUCGGGAAGUAUUACAUUGCGACAAUGAUCAUGAUCACGGCCUCCACAGCCCUCACCAUCUUCAUCAUGAACAUCCACUUCUGCGGUGCUGAGGCCAAGCCCGUCCCACACUGGGCCAAGGUGGUCAUCAUCAACUACAUGUCCAAGAUCUUCUUUGUGUACGAGGUGGGCGAGAACUGCACCACCCCCCAGCGCGAGAGGAUUCCCGUGCACACGGAGGACCCCCUGGGCAACGGAAGCCUGUACGGGAGCCACCAUCGCCAGGACGAUGGCCACUACAGCUGCCCGCAGCACCAACACCGGCAUCAUCACCACGGCAACAGCGAAAAGAAGGCCAAAGCCCUCCCCAACGGCGACGGCAAGUGCCGCCCCAUUGGCCGCGAUGGCAACUACGAGCCCAACGGCCUUGUGAACGGUGGGCCGAAGGACGAGUUGCCGUACCCGGAGAAGGUCGCCCCCUACUGGCAGGCCUGUGCCUGCGGCCGCCACCAGAAGCUGGUGAGGAACGUGGAGUACAUCGCCAACUGCUUCCGGGAGCAGCGAGCCAACUGCGUCAAGGGCGCCGAGUGGAAGAAGGUGGCCAAGGUCAUGGACCGGUUCUUCAUGUGGAUCUUCUUCGCCAUGGUCUUCCUCAUGAGCAUUGUGAUCAUCGGCAAAGCCACCUGACGCUUGGCGAGAUGGGACUGUCCGUUUUCGUACAUUUCUUUUCCGGUUUAGAUUAAAAAGGAAUACGUGGAAUACUCUUGGAAAACUGUUGCUGGUGAUUUUAUUUUUUUCUUCAUGGUCAAGUCAAAGCUUUUUUCACCUCUCUUUCUUCUCUUCAGAAAUCAGUAACGAAACUAGUGGCUUAGCCUCAGGAAUGAUGACACCAUUAAUUGCCAGUUCCUAUAGACUCUGAAGCCUGGUUUCUAAGGAUAUGUUUCCGCUACACUGACAAAAUCCCUUGGAUAGAAAUGUAUUGAAUGUCAUCCUGAAGAGCUCAGCAGUUGUACCAACUGCAGGUCAGGGAUUACUGUGCACUCUAAUAUUUAAAACAUACACCAUUAAAUAAUUAACUGUAAUCCGUUUGUAAAAACAGUCCAGAGAAGCAGAUUAAGUUAGCACUUGAUGGACAGAUAUGAAGAUCUCUUUGAACAUCCACUAAAUAUUUCAAGGAUAACAUUUCAUGUUUGAUAUGUUGAUGUCCACAGGCUAUUGUUUACAAGACAUUUUUUUGUUUAUGGAAAUACAUCUUUGUAUAACAGGCUCUAUUAUUAUCAUUAGUAGUAGUAGUUGUUGUUGUAGAAGUAGUCUUAUUAUUAGUUUAUUAAUAAUACAUCUCUGCAUAUAGCAGACGCACUUAAAGAAUCAUGGUAUUAGUUGUUGGAUUAAUAGAUUAACAUUUUGUAUUAAAUCGACGCUCAUCCAGAAUGGCUUGUACCAAGCUUCCAUUUAAACAAGUUAUUUAACUGGAUAUAGUAUCGUUCGAAAACUAUUCACACUGGUCAACUUGUCACAUAAAAAGAUAUGUUCCGUAGCUCUGUUGAAACUGCUAAUGUUAAUGAGGAUUAGAAUCCUAUGCUCGUAGAGUAUGGUUAGAGCUGCGGCCAUGCCACCUGGAGCCACGUUGGUCUCAAAGGUUGAUCUGUGAGCAACCCCCGCUGACUGAUCGCGUUCGUGUAAAGCGAUCGCCGUUACUUGUCCCGCGCGCUGACCUCGUCCUGUAAGACCAGCGGGGAAAACGCAAGCUUGGGUAAGUUGCGUGGAUAUCCACUCCGCUCCGGGGAAACAGGAUGCUUGCCUCGUGCCGGCGUGCUUAUGCUCCAGUGGUUCAGAACGAAAAAUAAUAUUUUCAAAUCAAGUCGCCAAGGUAGAAUAGUUAAUGGCCAGCUUUGUUUUCAGACGCGGUGCAAGAUGUAAGACAAUCUUUGAGCGGCGUGAACGCUCAUCAAUAAUGUAACUUGAAUGCGUCUGGCCUUGUGGUGCAUGACAAGGCUACCGUUGCGCACGCAGUCCCUAUCGAGCCGCUGAAAAUAAAAGCAUUGCGCGUGAAAACAGCGAUACUGUUACAAAAGACCGAAUAACACAACCACACCAUUAGUGCUCAUUGACCCGAACCAACCGCCACCUGACAGCGAUUGAAAAAUUAAGCACACAGAUGAGCGCGUAUACCACAAUGCCAAGGAAUGAAUCAGGUCAGCCCAACCCUGUUCCUGGAGAUUUACCGUCCUGCAGGUUUUCAUUUCAACCCUAAUUUUGCACAUCCGAUUCUGCCAAUUAGCAGCUAUACAAGAUCUCUAGCUGUUGAGUGAGGCGUUCUUUGUUAGGGUUGGAGAGAAACCCUACAGGGUAGUAGAUCUCCUGGAACCGGAUCAAGGAACAGCCCUCAGUUAAACCACCCCCUACCCCAAGACAUACACACACACAUACACUCAUUGAUAAGUAAUUCCAGAACGUUCAAGGAAACAUUGCGCCUCUGACACCUGUGCUACCACCACCUGCAAACGAUUUGUCGAGUGAACACAAAACCCUUUCUACUCAUUCAGCAAGUCCCUUUGCACUGUGCUAUUCAUACCGCAUGCACCAGAGCAGCUGUGUAUGUUAGUUCACGACUCUUCACCACUUUGAACUGUUCCUGCUGAUUCUCAUUUGAAUGAAAUGCUAUUUUUAAAACUGUUGUUCAGAUAUGAUUCCUUUUUGUAGACCACACAUGUGCAAAAAGUUCAAGAAAUUGUGACUGCUGAGACAGGCAAGAGCAGAUUUUUCUGUUCAUCCAGGAAGUUGGUUUUUGGGUGCUAUGUUUGCUUCUCAGUGAAAC